UCCAAAACUUAUCUCUAUCAAAACUGUCCAAAAAGAUAUUAAUACUUUAAUCGUUGCCAGUGGGUCAUCAUGGGAAUAUAAUAAAGACUUCACAUCAUAGGCGUGGACUAAAGACUUCAAUCUAGCGGUUAAUGGACGACAAUGGACUUUUAUGGAGGCAAGUGAAGCUGAUGGAAUGGUUAAAAAGUCAUUGUGAAUUGUGAUGAUCAGGAAGAAAAACGGCCACGGCUCCAACCUCCAUCAACGGUCGAAUCUAUGGCGACAUUGUACAAAUAUCCGAACUCUGAAGCAAAUUCAUGGUUUUAUGGUAAUCCACGGUUUCAACUCCAGCCGUUCCGCAUUGAGAGAGCUUAUCUACACCUGCGCCAUUGCCCUCUCUGGGACCAUGGAUUACGCACACCAACUGUUCAAGCAGAUUUCUGAACCGGACAUCUUCAUGUGGAACACAAUGAUUAGAGGCUCAGCUCAAAGUCCGGCUCCUUCAAAUGCUAUUUCUAUUUAUACCAAAAUGGAAGCGAGGGGUGUACGUCCUGAUAACUUCACCUUUCCGUUUCUUCUCAAGGCCUGCACUAAACUUUCAUUGGUUAAAAUGGGUAAUGGGAUUCAUGGAAAGAUUAUCAAACUUGGGUUCGAGCACAAUACUUUUGUGAGGAAUACCCUUAUUUACUUUCAUGCUAACUGUGGAAACUUGGUUGUUGCUACAAUGCUUUUUGAUGGAUUGGCUAAACGGGAUGUGGUCGCUUGGUCUGCCUUGACCGCCGGUUAUGCUAGACGAGGUAAUUUGGAGAUGGCUCGUCAGAUUUUCGACGAAAUGCCUGUUAAAGACUUGGUUUCGUGGAAUGUAAUGAUCACUGGUUAUGCCAAGCGUGGGGAGAUGGAUUGUGCGAGGAAGCUUUUCGAUCAAGUACCAGAGAGAGAUGUAGUGACUUGGAAUGCGAUGAUUGCGGGGUACGUACUAUCUGGGUCCAAUGACCAAGCUCUGGAAAUGUUUGAAGAGAUGCGACGUGCAGGAGAACAGCCUGAUGAAGUGACCAUGUUGAGCCUGUUGUCUGCCUGUGCAGACUCUGGGGCUUUGGAGGCUGGCMAACAGAUACACUCCUCUCUUUUGGAGAYGGRUUCGRGACUAAGCAUUGUUCUUGGAAAUGCACUUAUAGACAUGUAUGCCAAGUGUGGCAGCAUUGAAAAGGCACUCGAUGUGUUCAGAGGGAUGACAGAAAAGGAUGUCUCCACAUGGAAUUCCAUAAUAGGAGGUUUAGCCUUUCAUGGUCAUGCUGAGCAAUCAAUCUGUCUAUUCAAGGAAAUGCUCAGAGAGAAAAUCAGGCCAAAUGAGAUCACUUUUGUGGGUGUCUUGGUUGCCUGUAGUCAUGGUGGGAUGGUUGAUGAGGGUCGUCGAUACUUCUAUCUUAUGAGGAUUCAGUACGACAUUGAACCUAAUCUUAAGCAUUAUGGGUGUAUGGUAGACAUGCUAGGGCGUGGAGGACUAUUGGAUGAAGCUUUCAAAUUUGUAGAGGCCAUGGACGUUGAACCCAAUGCCAUUAUUUGGAGGACUCUGCUCGGGGCUUGUAGAACUCAUGGAAAUGUUGAAUUAGGAGAGCGCGCAAACGAACGACUCCUUGCAAUGAGACGGGACCAGAGUGGGGAUUACGUACUACUUUCAAACAUCUAUGCUUCCAUGGGUGAGUGGGAUGGCGUGGAGAAGGUGAGGAAGUUGAUGGAUGACAGUGGGGUGAAGAAAGAGCCUGGCUGUAGCUUGAUUGAGGCCGAUCACAAAGACCUCAUGAAUUUUUUGUUUGAAUCAAAACCCAGUUUAAAUCCAAGAAACAGUUCUGUUUGAUUAGUCUAUGUAAGAAAACCGUGCAAGCAAAUGCCCUGCAAACUCGGAAAACAGUGUUGUUUGAUUAUUCUAUGUAGGAUAGGAAACUCCAGCAAGUAAAAAAAAAGUCCUUUUCAUCUCUA